AUGCGACGAGUAGAACGUCGGCUUUCGCGGGCAGAGUCCAACAAUGCCAACACACCUCCGAAUCAGGCAAAGCAAGUGAACAACGAAAAGCAGGAGAAGGUAUCUCAAUCAGCUGAAGAUGACUUCCCCGAAGGAGGAACUCAGGCUUGGCUCGUGGCCGCUGGUACGGCAAGCAUCUUGUUCUGCUCACUUGGAUACACAAAUUCGUUUGGCGUCUUCCAGGCAUACUACAUGCGGAACCAACUUUCGAACCACACCCCUGACGACAUUUCUUGGAUUGGAUCGAUCCAGGCCUUUCUGGUGUUCGCUUCAGGAGCUGUGGGAGGACCAAUAUUUGAUCGCUAUGGCGCCUGGGUCAUCCGUCCCGCCGCGGUGCUCUACUUGUUCUCGAUCAUGAUGACGAGUUUGUGCAAAGAGUACUGGCACUUCAUGCUGGCACAGGGCGUCCUAAGCGGCAUCUCGAACGGCUUGAUCAUGUUUCCGGCGAUGGCUGCGACGCCCCAGUACUUCUUCAAGAAGAGAGGUGCGGCCAUGGGCAUUGCGAUCGCAGGCUCCUCCGUUGGCGCCGUCGUCUUUCCAAUUGUGCUCUCGGAGCUACUAGAAAAGGUCGGGUUCGGUUGGGCCGUUCGAGUUUGCGGCUUCAUCAUGACUCCUCUCCUUGCAUUCUCAACAGUCACAGUCAGGGCGCGGCUCCCGUCGCGAAAGACUCGGUUCAUCCUAUGGUCAGCAUUUCGAGACCCGUUCUACUGCUUCCUCAUUGCCGGAGUCAGCUUCAUGUUCGUGGGCAUGUUCACCCCGCUGUUUUACCUUCCAACCUUUGGCAUCGCCCAUGGGAUGGAUCCCGGCCUCGCUUCAUACCUCGUGGCGAUAGUCAACGGAGCCUCUGUUCCUGGCCGUAUCAUCCCAGGAAUCCUAGGUGAUAAGUUCGGUCGCGUCAAUAUCCUCUUUCUUGCCGGCUUAUUUACCGCCAUUUCGAUCUUCUCCUGGACCAAGGCAACGACUAACGCGGGCAUCAUCGUAUUCUCAGCCUGCUUUGGAUUGACAUCCGGGGCCAUCAUAUCUGGAGGGUCCGUCGUGUUUACCCUAUGUCCGAAAUCUCCGAAAGAAAUCGGCACUUACAUGGGUAUGGGCGUUGCGAUCGCCUCGGUGGCUAUAUUGAUUGGGCCCCCAGUCAGCGGUGCUUUACUAAACCGUUUCCAUGGAUUCAUGGAAGUGUCCAUCUUCGGCGGCGCAAUGUGUAUGACAGGAGUGGUUUUGAUGCUCAUCGCAAAGUUCUUCUCAAAGGGAGGACUGUUGGGAUUCAUUUAG